AUGAAACAAGGAUGUACAUUUCGUGCACAAACAGAUGAAAACGACAAUUAUUUAUGUGGCCAUAAAGGAGAUCAUGAUCACGAAUCAAGCUUGGAUUUAAUUGAAACUAAAAAUCUUCGUGAAAAAAUGAAAAAUCGGGUAAUCAAUGAAUUAACACCUAUUAAUUUGAUAUAUGAGGAAGAACUUGCAAAAGCAUCACUUAGCACAUCUGCUUUGGCGAAUUUUCCCACAAAUCAUGAAAUUUAUAAGUAUCAAACUGUUGCUAAAAUUCGUCAAAAAAUUGUGCCUCAAUUACCUUCAUCGUGUCUAUUUACAAUUCCUGCUUCUGACAAACUAACAUUGGACGGACAACGUUUUCUGUUACUUGAUGAAUCACGCGUUCGACGUGAACGACUUCUUGUUUACGCCAGUGAUCUUCAACUUGAUAUUUUGUUUAAUUCUCCAACUAUCUACAUGGAUGGGACGUUUUCAAAAACUCCCCCUCAUUUUACUCAACUUUACAUCAUCCAUGCAGUACAUUUUGAUAUAUGUGUUCCAUGCGUGUAUGCACUAACGGUAAACAAAAAAAGCAGUACAUAUCGACAAUUAUUUUCUGAACUGCGACAAAUAGUUUUCGAAGUUCAAAAAUCAUUUUCACCUAGUUUAAUUAUUACGGAUUUUGAAUCUGGAAUUUUACCAAUUCUUAAAACCGAAUUUCCAGCUGCAAAACAUUAUGGCUGCAGUUUUCACUUCAAUCAAGCAAUUUUCAAACACAUACAACAAUUAGGAUUACAACGAGAAUAUUCGAACAACGAACUGAUUCGUAGUAUCUGUAGGAAGAUAAUGGCUUUGGCAUUAAUGCCGUCCGAAACAGUUUCAUUUGGGUAUGAUGAAAUUCGAAAUGAUAUUCAACAAUUAUCAAAUCCACAAAUGGAACAAUUAUUACUUUAUUUUGAUAAACAAUGGUUAGGUGAUAUUGACAUAUGGAAUGUUUCCACAACGUACACAAA